AUGGCAUCUUUCCAAGCAAGCGAUGGGGCAAAGUCUGUCACAACCCAGAAGAGGAAAGACACAUAUUUUGGAGUUCUGGCUGCAGCAAACACCACAGUGACUGAAUUUAUUCUUGUGGGUCUGAUUGACAACCCAGAUAUGAAGGUCAUUGGCUUCCUGACAUUCUUCAUGAUUUAUUUGAUCACCUUGAUUGGAAAUCUUGGGUUGGUCACAGUUAUUAAGGCUGACGCUCAACUGCACACCCCCAUGUACUAUUUUAUCAGUCAUUUGGCUUUCUUAGAUGUCUGUUAUUCCUCCGCCAUUCUUCCCAAGAUCUUAGACAACAUCUUAGAACAGAAUGCGACCAUUUCCUUUAACGAAUGUGCUGCCCAAAUGUAUUUUUUAAUCAUUCCAGCCAGCAGCGAGUGCUAUCUCCUGGCUGCAAUGGCCUACGAUCGUUAUGCGGCGAUCUGUAAACCCCUGCUUUAUUCAUUCAUUACAUCACAGAGAGUCUGUUACCUCUUAGUGGCCGGCUCCUAUUUGGUUGGCUUUAUAAAUGCCACCACGCAGACCUAUCUCACCUUCAGAUUAUCCUUCUGUGGCUCCAGUGUCAUCAAUCAUUUUGUCUGUGAUAUUCCCCCACUGUUAUCUCUGUCUUGUUCGGCUACCUAUGUCAAUGAGUUUGUGCUAUUUGUCUUUGCCAUCUUUCUUGGAGUAUUCACCUCCUCAGAAAUCUUGCUCCCUUAUAUAUGCAUAUUAGGUACCAUCCUGAGAAUCCAAUCUGCAAAGGGGAGGCAGAAAGCUUUCUCCACCUGUGCCACCCACCUGUGUUCGGUGGUACUUUUCUAUGGGACAUCAACAUUUCUUUACAUGCGAUCAGCAUCUGAUUACUCUCUAGGGCGGGAUAAAGUGAUUUCGGUGUUUUAUACAGUGGUGAUCCCCGUGUUGAACCCCAUGAUCUACAGCCUGAGGAACCAGGAGGUCAAGAGGGCUCUGAAAAGAAUCACUAGUAUAAAAAAGGCUUAUUCAUUCUAA